AUGGAUCUCUUUGGGGCCUUUGAAAAUCCAGACCUGGAAAACAUUGUUCCAGAAGAACUUCCAAAAGCUGAUGACCCAAAGGGAAUUAAAAGAACCAACUCAGAAUCCAAGAACGGAUCACAAAAGAAGCCAAAAGUUGAAAAAAAGGAACAAGAGGAAAAUGGCGAAAAAGUAGUCCCUAUCGUGGCGGACACGUUGGAAAUCGAAGCUUCCCGAGAGGUCGAUGCCUCUAGUGGACUGCUCGCAUCAACAGAUACAGACGCCUCGAAAGUCAAGUUACGACACCAGGUGCGACACCAGGUUGCAGUGCCUCCAGGAUACGACUACGUUCCCAUUGGGCAACACAAACGGAAAACUGAGGCUCGUACAUAUCCGUUCACACUUGAUCCCUUCCAAGACACAUCCAUUUCCUGUAUAGACCGUCAGGAAUCUGUCUUAGUCAGUGCUCACACCUCUGCUGGUAAGACUGUGGUUGCAGAAUACGCUAUUGCCCAAUCGCUUAGAGACAAACAACGUGUAAUUUAUACAUCUCCAAUCAAGGCUUUGAGCAACCAGAAGUACCGUGAAUUACAAGCUGAUUUUGGUGAUGUUGGGUUAAUGACUGGAGAUGUGACGAUCAAUCCUGAUGCCGGAUGUUUGGUGAUGACGACUGAAAUUCUGAGAUCCAUGCUUUAUAGAGGUUCUGAGAUUAUGAGAGAAGUUGCCUGGGUUAUCUUCGACGAGGUUCACUACAUGCGUGACAAGAGCAGAGGUGUCGUUUGGGAAGAAACCAUCAUUCUGCUCCCCGACAAUGUCCAUCACGUGUUCCUAUCUGCUACCAUUCCGAACGCUAUGGAGUUUGCUGAAUGGAUAUGCAAAGUUCACAACCAGCCUUGUCACGUGGUCUACACAGAUUUCCGCCCCACUCCAUUGCAGCAUUACCUUUUCCCUGCUGACGGGGAAGGCAUACAUCUGGUUGUUGAUGAAAAGGGAACUUUUAGAGAGGAGAACUUCCAGAAGGCCAUGGCAUCGAUUUCAAACAAAAUGGGAGACGACCCAGGAGCUAUUGAGACGAAAAAUGGCAAGUCCUGGAAAGGAGGUGUCAAGGAAGGAAAGUCUGACAUUUACAAGAUCGUCAAGAUGAUUUGGAUGAAAAAAUACAACCCUGUCAUUGUUUUCUCGUUCAGCAAACGUGAUUGUGAGGCUCUUGCUAUGAAGAUGUCGAAGCUUGAUUUUAAUACUGAUGAGGAGCGCGAGAUGCUCACCAAGAUCUUCAAUAAUGCGAUCAGCAUUCUUUCCGACGACGACAAAGAGUUACCGCAGAUCAAACACAUUCUGCCGCUAUUGCGUCGUGGUAUCGGCAUCCACCACUCUGGACUGCUCCCUAUUUUGAAGGAAAUCAUUGAGAUUUUAUUUCAAGAGGGAUUUCUGAAAGUUCUGUUCGCGACGGAGACCUUUUCCAUUGGAUUGAAUAUGCCAGCCAAGACUGUUGUGUUCACGUCCGUGCGUAAAUGGGACGGAAAUGGGUUCAGAUGGGUUUCUGGAGGAGAGUAUAUUCAGAUGUCUGGACGUGCUGGUCGUCGUGGUUUGGAUGACCGCGGUAUAGUGAUUAUGAUGAUCGACGAGAAAAUGGAGCCUCAGGUUGCCAAGGGCAUGGUGAAAGGUGUUGCUGACAGGUUGGACUCCGCAUUUCAUUUGGGCUACAACAUGAUUUUGAACCUGAUGCGCGUGGAAGGUAUCUCGCCAGAAUUCAUGCUGGGGAGCUCUUUUUUCCAGUUCCAAAAUUCGAUUUCCGAGCCAGAAUUGAAGAAACAACUUGCCAAGUAUGAACAAGAGUUGGAUUCUAUUGUGAUUGACGACAUGGAAAACAUUAAGGAGUAUUACGAGCUACAGAAACAGCUGGACCAGUAUAACGAAGAUGUGCGUAAGAUUGUCACUCAUCCAGGUAACAUUUUGCCCCACCUGAAAGGCGGUCGUUUGGUGGAGGUGAACAUUAAUGGAAUGGAUUACGGUUGGGCAAUUGUAAUUGAUUUCUCGAAGCGCAACAACAAGCGCAACCAGGCGCAAUACAGCGACCAUGAGUCUUAUGUGGUGAACGUUUUUGUGAACACUAUGUUUGUGGACUCUCCAGUGAACCUGAUCAAACCUUUCCAGGUGCAAUUGGUUGAAGGAAUCCGCCCAGCGAAAGAAGGAGAGGAAACGCGGAGCGAGGUAAUCCCGAUCACGUUGGACUCCAUCAAAAAAAUAAGCAGCUGUCGUUCAAUCUUGCCGCAAGACAUGAAGAAUAGCCAGGCACGCAAGACACUGCGCAAGGCGUUGAAGGAGAUUGUGAAGAGACACCCAGAUGGGCUUCCUAUUUUGGACCCUGUCACCAAAAUGCAUAUCAAAGAUGAGGAGUUCAAGGUUUUGCUCCGGAAGAUCGAAAUUCUGGAAAGCAAACUCCACUCUAACCCGCUUGCGCAAUCUGCACGACUCAAGGAACUGUACGACCAAUAUUCGCAUCGGAUGAGCAUUGUGGAUAAGAUCAACGAGACAAAAAAGAAGAUCAGUGAAGUGCAGUCUCUCAUUCAAAUGGAUGACCUGAAACACCGCAAGAGAGUGCUUAGACGACUAGGGUUCACGACGCAAGAUGAUAUUGUUGAGAUGAAGGGCCGUGUUGCAUGCGAGAUUAGCACGGGAGACGAAUUGCUGCUGACCGAGUUGAUAUUCAACGGAACGUUCAACGAGCUGGAUCCAUCACAGUGUGCGGCCCUAUUAUCGUGCUUCGUCUUUCAGGAACGUACCAAGGUGACCCCUAGACUCAAGCCAGAGCUUGCGGAGCCACUUAAGGCGUUGAAGGAGAUGGCCUCGAAGAUUGCAAAAGUUUGCAGAGAGUGCAAACUGGAGGUUGUUGAGAAAGAUUACGUGGAGUCGUUCAAGCCGGAUUUGAUGGAAGUGGUUUAUGCUUGGUGUCAGGGAGCCUCGUUCACGCAGAUAUGUAUUAUGACAGACGUUUACGAAGGUUCGCUGAUCAGAAGUUUUAGGCGUUUGGAAGAGUUGAUCAAGCAGUUGGUGGAUGCUGCCAGAACCAUCGGAAACGUUGCCUUGGAGGAAAAGCUGACCAGGUCGGCUGAGUUGAUUCACAGAGACAUUGUUUCUGCUGCAUCGUUGUAUUUGUAG